AAAAAAAAAAAAAAAACAUUUAAAGAUGAAACUCUCAUUCUGGUCCUCCCAGCAAUACAAAUACGGGUUAUGCAAUACUUGUCCUCUCUGUCGUUUUUCCCCGGCAGGACCAUGUCUGUCCUGCUGUUGCUUCCUGCAGCUCAAGCUUAAAUACACAUUCCUCCUUUCCCUCUGGGACCUAGCGCUUCUUCUGAGCUGACCUUCUAGCUCAUGCUAGGGUAUAUUUUGUUGCUAGGAAACCGCCUAUCUCGCUGAAUCUGGUUAACAAAAGUUAUUAAAGCAAAAAAAAAAAGGUUUUGUUUUGCAUCUAAUCUGCUGGUUGAGUAAAACCGUGCAGGGAUGGAAAUAAGGCUCCCAUUGCAUAGCAGUAUGAUCGGUUUUUAAGUGUAAGCCUAAUAUAACACACCAGAGAUGAAUAGACUGUGCAUGGAAGCCUCUUGUUGACAGUCCAGAUUGUUGCGUUGGCGAAAUCUAGUUUUAGCUGUAGGGCACAAGCCGUUGUAAAGCAACACCUCUUACAGUGGUCCUUAACUAUGUGAAAGCUAUUCCUAAAACCAAUAGGAGACACUCCGGACCUAAUCUAGGCGUGAUAUGCAGUGGGUUGCUGUUCCACACAAGCUAUAAACAAGGUAUGAAUGCAGCGGUUCGAGCCGUCACUCGUAUGGGAAUGUAUGUUGGAGCUAAAGUUUAUUUAAUUUAUGAGGGUUACCAAGGUCUAGUAGAUGGAGGGGAUAACAUUAAACUGGCAAACUGGUUGAGCGUCUCCAAUAUCAUACAGCUGGGUGGCACCAUCAUCGGCAGUGCCCGCUGUAAGGAGUUCACCACGCGGGAGGGGAGACUGUCCGCUGCCUACAACCUGGUCCAACGCGGCAUCACCAACCUGUGUGUGUGCGGAGGGGACGGCAGCCUCACCGGAGCAAACAUCUUCCGGACAGAGUGGAGCGGGCUGCUGGCAGAGCUCGUCGAAGCAGGGAAGAUCACAGAAACCCUCUCUCAGCAGUACACACACCUGAACAUCGUAGGGCUGGUGGGCUCCAUUGACAAUGACUUCUGUGGCACCGACAUGACGAUCGGGGCUGACUCCGCCCUGCACAGGAUCAUGGAGGUCAUCGAUGCCAUCACUACCACUGCUCAGAGUCACCAGAGAACCUUCGUGCUGGAAGUCAUGGGGCGGCACUGUGGGUACCUGGCGCUGGUGUCGGCUCUGGCCUCGGGGGCAGACUGGCUCUUCAUACCGGAGUCGCCCGCUGCAGAUGGCUGGGAGGAUCGAUUGUGUCAGCGACUGGGGGAGACACGCAGCAAGGGAUCCCGACUGAACACGGUCAUUAUGGCUGAGGGAGCAAUCGAUAGAUAUGGCAAACCGAUUUCCUCAAACUACGUGAAAGAGCUUGUGGUGAAGCGCCUUGGGUUCGAUACCAGGGUGACUGUCCUGGGCCACGUGCAGCGAGGGGGUACACCCUCCGCCUUUGACAGAGUCCUGAGCAGUAAGAUGGGGAUGGAGGCUGUGCUGGCCCUGCUGGAAGCCACUCCGGAGACCCCGGCCUGUGUGGUCAGCCUGUCCGGGAACCAGGCCGUGCGCCUGCCACUCAUGGAGUGUGUGCAAAUGACCAAGGAAGUGCAGACGGCCAUGAACGAGCUGAGGUUCAAUGAAGCUAUACAGCUGCGAGGGAAGAGCUUUGAAAAUAACUGGAACACUUACAAGCUGCUGGCACAUCAGAAACCUUCCCAGUCAAAGAGUAACUUCUCCUUGGCUAUUCUGAAUGUGGGAGCCCCUGCAGCAGGCAUGAAUGCUGCAGUCAGGUCUGCUGUGAGAGUUGGUUUGGCUCAGGGGUAUAAAGUCUACACUGUCAAUGAUGGCUUUGAAGGACUGGCCAGAGGAGCGGUCAAUGAAAUGCACUGGCGGGAUGUAGGCGGCUGGACUGGACAAGGAGGGUCCCUGCUGGGAACAAAGCGAACCUGUCCCAAAACUUGUCUGGAUAAGAUAGUACAAAACAUUUGCAAAUACAACAUCCAAGCCUUGCUAGUUAUAGGAGGAUUUGAGGCGUAUGAAGGAGUUCUGCAGCUGGUGGAAGCCCGUGGGCACUAUGACGAGCUCUGCAUUGUGAUGUGUGUCAUCCCAGCUACCAUCAGCAACAACGUGCCGGGCACUGACCUCAGCCUGGGGUCCGACACUGCUGUCAACGCUGCCAUGGAGAGCUGUGACAAGAUCAAGCAGUCGGCCUCGGGAACGAAGCGGCGAGUCUUCAUUGUGGAGACUAUGGGCGGCUUCUGUGGCUAUCUUGCCACCACCGCUGGCAUUGCCGUUGGAGCUGACGCUGCCUACAUCUUCGAAGAGACUUUCAAUAUUCACGACCUGAAGGCCAAUGUGGAGCAUCUCACUGAUAAGAUGAAGACGGAUAUACAGAGGGGUCUUGUGCUCAGGAAUGAGAAGUGCCAUCACCACUACACCACGGAGUUCAUACACAACCUGUAUUCUGCUGAGGGGAAGGGCGUCUUCGACUGCAGGAUGAAUGUACUGGGCCACCUGCAGCAGGGCGGGAAUCCCACCCCUUUUGACAGGAACUAUGGCACCAAGCUGGGUGUGAAGGCAGUGCUCUGGAUCACUGACAAACUGAAGGAGACCUACAGACAAGGCCGAGUGUUUGCCGAUGCUCCAGAAACAGCCUGCGUGGUGGGCAUGAGGAGGAAGGUCCUGUCCUUCAGCCCUGUCACAGAACUAAAGGAACACACUGACUUUGAGCAUCGAAUGCCCAAGGAGCAGUGGUGGCUGAAUUUGCGCCCAAUGCUAAAGAUGCUGGCUAAGUACCCCACCAACUUCAACGAGUACGUCACCGGCGAGAUUGAGCAUGUGACCCGCAGAAGCCUCAGUAUAGAGACUGGCUUCUGAAGACCCAACGCCCAGCCACUUCACCCUGAGCCCCGUGUCUCACGUUCUGCACCGGCCACAGGAGACACAUGGUAGUAUCGUUCUCCCAAUAGCCCAGUACAGGCCCAUGUUCCUCAGUCUUUCUGUUGUCUGUGCCUAAACCUUAAAAGCCUCAAGCAACAUCAGCACCUGUAGAGUUGCAGCUACCCCAUGACCUUUUAGAAAGAAGUUUAGAAAGACCAUGACCGUCUAGAAAGAAGCCUUGAUGAAACGGUUCUAUAAGUUUAUGUUCAGGAUGUCGAAUGUUCUUUUAAAAGUAUAUGAGUGUGAAAAAGAAGGAAAAACCACUGCAAUCUUACAUUACUUUUUUAAAGGGGUAUUUUUUUUCUAUUAAUAUCAGAAAACAAUCCUGGUUCAUUGUAGAACAGAUUGUAGUAUAAAGCCUGUGGUAUUUUGGGUGUGCUUUUUAGACCAUGUGAAAAUGUCAAUGUCUAGCUUUUAAAAAGGGAUCAUUUCACAACACUCCUGAUAACUGAGAUGGGUUUUUACCAGUCAGGCUUUAAAAUGAGCUCACAGCAAAAGGAUGGGUUCAGUUUCGGGUGCUUUUUUAUUUCUUCAUUAGCUUUGAAUUAAAAUCUAAUAUAUACUAAAUGUAAAUAUAUGUUUCUGUUCGAGAAGCAGUGAUGGAGAGUUGAGGCUUUAUCUCUGUCAACACUGAAGAUCUUUAUACCUGUCUAGGGAAAGCAAUUCACUGAAUUCACUCUAGACAGGUCUAAAUAGACGUGUUAUGACUUUCAGAGUGAGACAUUUAUCUUGCAGUGAGAUUUCUGUAUGUUGGUGGUGUGUUCUUUUUUUUUUUUUUUUUGUGCCGAGUUGCUUGUUGCCAGUUGUGUGACUUUAAUUGUUAGAACUUUCCUUUAACGAAGAUUAUGUAAAUUGUACUGUGGAGUAAAAACAUUGAUGAGUAUGUCCUGAGAAGUGGCAGUUGGUAUACUGUGUUGGGUAUUAGCAGUUUGUUGCUGAACAGACUGUAGGGUUUAAAUCCCAAUGCAUUACUUUCCCUAGCUUCCUGCUUUGUUGUACCAUUGCAAUAUCUUUUUUCAAUAUAACUGAUUGUUUUGAUAUUUUUUUAUUAACAUAUCCCUGGUCAGUUUUGAUCAGUUAUUUUGGUUUCACAUCUGUUAUACACUCUCAUGACUUCAUUCACAAAGUUCAGCAUUUUUAUUGGUUCAUCUGCCCGUCAUCUUUGCAAGGAUCCUACCUACUUGCUGGCUAGAGCGAAGGUGCAAGAUAUACAGGGGGUGCACCUUCAGACAUAUAUGACUAUUUAUGUUUCUGCUAAAAACGUGCAUAUAUUUUAUAUAUAAUAUAUAUAAAUAAAAAUAUGAUAUGACUUUAUUACACAGCACACUGAUAGCCUAGGCAGGGCAGUGAGCUCUUUCUUAAACACUGUUGUGUUGCUUAGCAUGUAGAGUUCUCACCUAACACAUCAAAAUAUUUUAUUUGUUUAUUGCCAUUAUACUGGGCUUGUCAUGCAUAUUCAUAAACCUGGUCCUACUCCGCUGAACCCGACAGGCAGGAUCUUGGCAAGGAUGAUGGACAGAUGAACCAAUCAAAAUGCAAAACUUUGUGAGAGGAGUCGGGAACCAAUGAAAUGUUUCUGAUUGAACAGGUUGGAUUCAAGCAGCCGAUGUUGUGCAUUCAGAGCACAUUUUGACAGGAAAACCUGAUACAUAACCAAUGUAAAACAAAUCAUCCUGAUUUAUGCCCAAGAUAUGUUAAUAAACAUAUCAAAACAAUCACAAUUAUGUUGAAAAAUAUUGCAAGAAUACAUGCAACAAAGUAGAAAGCUAGAGUAAUGUAAUGCAUUGUUUUUUAAACCCUAGCGCCUGUUCAGUAACACUUUUAAGGUUUUUCCUAGAGUAUUUUGCACUACAAACUUGUGACCUUGUGAAACUAAGCCAACAAUCCUAAUGAGGCAAAGAAGUAUUAUUAAUGUUGGAAAAGACUACUCCUGCUACUUGACUUGUAAUUAGAAAAUGUGUAUGAUUUUUUUGUUUUUAAGAAAUUUGACACUUACUAGAAACAUUCCUGGAACAUAAUUUCAGCUAGAACACCUAAACACUAACUGUAGGUUUUUGGUAUGUAUUUAACAAAGGCAUUAAACAAUAUUAGUUACUUGUUAAAUUAAAUAAUAAUAAUAAAAAUAAUCUAUUAAACAUAUAUUAAAGUAAAAGGUCUCUCAACUUGCGUACUUACGCUACCAACCCCAACACACAUUUCUAUAUUUUUUUUACCUUGUUAUGUGUAAAUGUUGAUUUUUUUGUUAGUAAUCAGUGAUAUAGAAACAGUAUAAAAACUUGUGAAACAACUUUGUGAUUUAGUUGGAAGCUUAUGCUGAUAUUUACAAUUUGUGGCUAUGUGUUCCUUUGCUUUUACUGUUUUAAAUUCAUUGCAUGUGUGGCCUAUUAAAGUCAACAACAAAUUACACAAUCA